CUCCUACUAACGAGAUAAACAAACAAACCGACAAGAAACGGAAAAUGGUAGCUGAAAAACAAAACUAAGGGCGGGCCUGCUCUGGUCUUCUCUCUCUCUCUCUCUCCUCUCUCUCUCUCUGUGACAGAGGAUGAAGAGUAAAACUUGUUAAAGUAUGGGUGAGUGAUGGCUGCAGCAGAAGCAAGGGCUGCUUGGCAGAGAACAGUUAACCGUUGUUUUGUUCAAGAAGAUGCCAAAAGAGCUCCAAAAUUAGCUUGCUGCCCCUCAGGAUCUGCAUCUUCCAAACAGGUUGAUGCAGAACCUGCAAAUCCGACGGAUGGGCAAGAUGAUCCCAGUGUAGGUUUCAUGCCUCUUAAUAGGAACCCUUCAUAUUCCAAUCUACCUCCCGAAUCAAGAUGGUGGCUGCAGAUGCAACCUAAUCAUGGGUUCGCAAAAAAUUUAACAAACGAACAGUUAAGUCCCUUGCAGGAAGAGAUGGAAACUUUUGGACCUGAUGGUGCAGACUCAAUCUCUAAGGUGAGUGAAGUCAACCCACAACAUGAUGGACAUCAUAAGCCUUCACGUGACAGUUAUAGUAGACCCAAGGCAAUUUGUAUGAAAAAAGAUCCUGAAGUCGAGCAGAAAGAGCUUAAGACUGUAUACACUAAGAGUGCCCAGGAACCUCUUAAUCUUGACAACUUGGGGGAAUCUUAUGAGUUAUUGGAGAUGGAUCCUGUUGGAUGCUCUAAGCAAACCAGUAGGAAUAGUUUUGAUUCAGACUAUCCUUGGAUUGGAGGUGAAAAAGCAGAGCCAUGGUGGCGUGUAGCAGACGGAGAUGAAUUGGUUUCCAUAGUUGCACGAAGAUCACUUGACCUCAUAGAAAAUUGUGAUCUUCCCCAGCCUCAGAAUACACAUGUUAAAGGGGACCCAUAUGUUUAUCUUGGUUAUUUAGAUCGUGAUGGGAUUUUACCCCCAUUUAAGGAUUUGAAGGCCCCAAUGUCCAGUCCAACCGUUGGAACACCAGGUGGUCUCACCAUAGGAAGUGCAUGCGAGAAGCCAUGGGCCUCAUUGUGGGAGCAAUCGCAUAGUGGUUCAGAUAAACGAAACAGCAGUGAUGGCCCAACCUUAAAAGAGAUGACCGAAACACAAAAUUCUGACAUGGAUCCCAGCAAAGCUCAGCUAUUGGAAGCCCUCCGCCAUUCUCAAACACGUGCAAGGGAAGCUGAAAAGGCAGCAAAGGAAGCAUAUGCGGAGAAGGAACACAUUCUCAAGCUCUUUUUCAGACAGGCAUCCCACCUCUUUGCCUACAAGCAAUGGUUCCAGCUUCUGCAGCUUGAAAACCUGUACUGCCAGAUAAAAAAUACUAACGAGCCAAUUUCUACCCUCUUUCCCGCAGUGCUACCUUGGAUGCCUAUCAAACCUGUGAAACCGCAAAAGAAUCGUCAAAAACCGGCAAAGGGAAAACGAGGGAAGAGAGGUCGUUCUCGAUGUGAGAUUAGUAAGUUCUCUGUUGCCUUUGCAUUGGGAUUGGGUCUCGUUGGUGCUGGGUUGCUCCUGGGUUGGACUAUUGGAUGGAUGUUACCAGCUUUUUAAACGAAUGUAUAUGUUUGUAUUCCGGUUUUCUGCUGCGUGAGAAGAUCAUUGGUUUUAUGGACUGUUAGUUUGGGUUGAAUAUGCUUGUUUCUUGUGUAUUUAUGCAUGUAUUUACGUAGAUUCAGUACGUUUUGUAUCAGAAAAGUUGAUGAGAUUGUACUUCCUUGGCUAAAUCUGCAAAAAUUAUGUAAUGAAAUGUUUGUUUACUUGGACAUAA